UCGUUCUUGGACGCGACUGCAUCCAGCGACCCAAUUAAGUCAAUACUCGAUAUUGCGUGGAUGCUCACGACGGAGCUAUAGAACCAACACCACCCACCUUCCUAACCGCAAGUUCUCUUCUACAGUUUACCACCUCUCACCUUACAAAGGAAAUCCAAACGAAAACGGAAUCGAAAUGGAGCAACACAGAAGAUUUGACAAGCUGAGACGCCGUAUCGAAGAAAUUGAUAACCAAGAACAAACUGAAACUACCGAUGAAGUACCUCCCACCAAUGUUAUUCCCUCGGAAGGCAAAGUCGUUCAAUCUCCUGAAUUAAAGAAUUUGCUUGAACGUAACUUGAAUUGGUCAAAACAAACCACUCGUAAUUAUCCAUCCUUCUUCUCGGUCACCAAGGAUAUUCAAAGUCCCCAGGUCAUGUGGAUUGGAUGCUCUGACUCUCGUGUCCCCGAGACUACCGUCUUGGAUCUUUUACCCGGCGAGGUUUUUGUCCAUCGUAAUAUUGCCAACGUUGUUCCUCGUUCAGAUAUCAAUGCAUUGGCCGCUAUGGAGUAUUCCGUCACCGCUCUUAAAGUCAAACACAUUAUCGUCUGUGGCCAUUAUGGUUGCGGUGGUGUUGCAGCUGCUAUGGGUCCCAGUACGAACAAUUUAAUGGAUCAUUGGCUUCGUCAUAUUCGCGAUGUCAUUGAAGAUAACCGCUCGGAAUUAGAUGCCAUAAAAGAUCCCCACGAACGUGGUUUGCGUCUUGCUGAAUUAAAUACCCGUGCCCAAGCCGUUUCCGUAACCCGUGUCGGCUUUGUUCGUCAAGCUAUGGAAUCUCGUGGAUUGCAAGUCCACGGCUGGGUCUAUGAUGUUGGCACAGGCAGAAUUAAGAGUUUGGAUAUCUCUGAUGCCAUCAAAAAUGCAAAAUACAACCCUUACAAUUAAGUUUCUAUUCCCAUCCUCUAUGCCAUUUGUUUUUUUUUUUUUACGCUUUUAUGUUUAUGAUGGGCAUAUAUGAUAUGUACUUUUGAUUGCUCGUGUCUCAUCGUUACCAGUAUUUACUAUACGAAUUCUUGUCUCAAGUCUCAAAUUAAAUAUAGUUUUCUAGAUCUUUGUGUGAAAAGGUAAUCAAGUAGUUUUCAA